CCGGGGCGGCAGUGCCUCGCGCGACCGAGCGGCAACACCGCGCCGCGCCUCGCCUCCAUCUCACGACAACUACACCAACCAGACCUCCACUCCGCCUCCUCACCACCCCACAUGCCAACAAACUCAUAAGCACCACCACUCCCACAAUCACAAACAACGAAACGCGAUAUUCAAGUGGUGGUGAACACAGGAUCUCUCCUAAAUCACAUAACAAGGAAACAAAUGUCGAUCCGUCGCAGCGACGCAGUCGAAAUCCAAUUAAACUCUUAGUGGAAUCUGGCUGGACAGGUGGAAGUCUUCGGCCGGAGUGUGGCGAUCGAUCGCGGGGGCAUGCCGGCGCCCCGGCUGUGAAGGACCAGGUCACAGGACGUGUUUGUGCAGGGGCCACACACACGUAAACAACCGACCACGAUCAAUGCCAAUGGACGCUUCCCGGAGGUGAGGCUGAUGAUGUCGUGGGUCAGCGGCGGGUGACCGGCGGAGGCAUGCCGGGCGGGCGGCGGGGGCUCGUGGCCCCUCAGAACACCUUCCUCGAGAACAUCAUCAGACGCUCUUCUAGCCAACCAGACAGCAGCUUUUUGCUGGCGAACGCUCAGAUUGUAGACUACCCGAUCGUCUAUUGCAACGAGGCCUUCUGCAAGAUGAGUGGCUACAACCGUGCGGAGGUCAUGCAGAAGUCUUGCAGAUGCACCUGGAUGCACGGGGAGCUGACGGACGCCACGACGGCGGAGCGAGUGGAGCGCGCCCUGGACCACCACCUGGCGGACCAGCUCGAGAUCCUGCUCUACAAGAAGAACCAUACCCCGCUAUGGCUCUUGGUGCAAGUGGCUCCGAUCAGGAACGAGAGGGAGCUGGUAGUUUUGUUCCUACUGACAUUCCGGGACAUCACGGCGCUGAAACACCCCAUAGAUGCCGACGAUCCAAAAGGCGGUUUAUCCAAGUUCGCGAAGCUCGCUCGGUCGGUGACGCGAUCUCGAUCGGUACUGGUAUCUGCUCUUCCCGCACUCAAGGAACCCCAACGCGCCAGCCAUCUCGCGCAUGUCAGUACCGCGCCGCCGCAUGUGAUGUCACUGUCGGGUGACAUACUGCCGCAGUAUCGACAAGAAGCGCCGAAAACCCCGCCACACAUUCUGCUACAUUACUGCGCGUUCAAAGCGAUCUGGGACUGGAUUAUCCUCUGCCUCACGUUCUACACAGCCAUCAUGGUCCCGUACAAUGUUGCCUUCAAGAACAAGACCAGUGAAGAUGUUUCCCUGCUGGUGAUAGACUCAAUAGUAGACGUUGUCUUCUUCAUCGACAUCGUCCUCAAUUUCCACACAACAUUUGUGGGGCCAGGGGGAGAAGUAGUCAGCGAUCCGAAAGUCAUAAGGAAAAACUACUUCAAGUCAUGGUUCUUGAUUGACUUACUAUCAUGUUUACCCUACGACGUAUUCAAUGCUUUUGACCACGACGAAGACGGCAUCGGAUCGCUAUUCAGCGCAUUAAAAGUAGUCCGUCUGCUACGGCUGGGUCGUGUGGUGCGAAAGCUGGAUCGCUACUUAGAAUACGGAGCCGCGAUGUUGAUCCUGCUCCUCUGCUUUUACAUGCUUGUAGCCCACUGGCUGGCCUGCGUGUGGUACUCGAUAGGCCGGUCGGACGCAGACUCUGGGCUUCAGUACUCGUGGCUAUGGAAGCUGGCGAAUGUGACGCAGAGUCCUUACUCUUACGUGUGGUCUAACGAGUCAGACGGGCCCGAGCUGGUGAACGGGCCCUCUCGCAAGACCAUGUACGUGACGGCUCUGUACUUCACGAUGACGUGCAUGACCUCCGUGGGCUUCGGCAACGUCGCCGCCGAGACCGAUAACGAGAAGAUCUUCACCAUCUGCAUGAUGAUUGUAGCAGCGCUGUUGUACGCAACUAUUUUCGGACACGUGACUACCAUCAUCCAGCAGAUGACGUCAGCAACAGCUAAAUACCACGACAUGCUCAAUAAUGUCAGAGAGUUUAUGAAACUCCAUGAGGUUCCGAAAGCAUUGAGUGAGCGAGUCAUGGACUAUGUGGUAUCCACUUGGGCAAUGACCAAAGGGCUCGAUACAGACAAGGUACUGAAUUACUGUCCAAAAGAUAUGAAGGCAGAUAUCUGCGUGCACCUGAAUCGGAAGGUCUUUAACGAACAUCCAGCAUUCCGGUUGGCAUCGGACGGCUGUCUAAGAGCUCUUGCAAUGCACUUCCAAAUGUCCCACUCAGCGCCAGGGGAUUUGCUAUAUCACACUGGAGAGUCUAUAGACUCUUUAUGCUUCAUCGUGACAGGCAGUUUGGAAGUUAUUCAAGACGAUGAGGUGGUAGCGAUUUUAGGCAAAGGAGAUGUUUUUGGUGAUUCAUUUUGGAAGGACAGUGCAGUGGGUCAAUCUGCUGCCAAUGUCAGAGCCCUGACAUACUGUGAUCUCCACACUAUCAAGCGGGAUCGAUUGCUAGAAGUGCUAGACUUCUAUCAAGCUUUCGCCAAUAGUUUUGCGAGGAAUCUCACGCUCACCUACAAUUUGAGGCAUAGACUCAUCUUUAGAAAGGUAGCAGACGUGCGCCGGGAAAGAGAGCUGAUGGAGCGGAGAAAACGAGAGCCCCAAUUAGAGCAAGCGCAAGACCAUUUAGUGCGGAAAAUCUUCUCACGAUUCCGUCGAGAAAGGAGCGUUGCUGCGGCGCCACCGCCACCUUUACGAGCCCCGGGGGACCCUGAAAAGGGGGAGCCAGUGACUACAUCCCCCCCUGCUUCGACUACCUCAACCCCAGUUGUCACCUCAGGGACAGCUGUGACAGGCAAUGCGGGAAGAGGCAAAUGGGGGCGGCUUCUGGCUGGAGGAUCUUUGGACUCCGGAGGGGAAGCGCAAAGGGCGCCCUUCAUGAGAAGUCUGAGUGCGCGGGACCGCCCGUCUCCCGCCCCGGCCACCACCACGGCAGCAGCUCCCGCAGUCACCUCUACAACUCCCACUAGUACAACUACCGUCACUGCUUCACAUUCCCUAAAGACCUUUGCCAAAGGCCGCUCAGCGAGUGCUUUAGGCGGCAGUGGAGGCUCAACAGGGCGCCAAGACACCAUAGAAGAGGAGCUGGAAGACAAACGCACGUGUCCCCCGGCGGCCGUGCUACCACCAGCGUCACUACCGGUCCCGGCCCCGGCGCCUCCGCUGGCGCUAUCCCCACUCGCCGUCCAGGCCCACUACUCACACGACGCCGCUCUAGCUGAGCUCAGGAAAGACGUCAGGACUGAAGUGCAACGGCUUCAACAAAAGUUGGGUCGCGUUGAAGACUUGCUGACAGCGUUGGCGACGAGGUUAGGCGCUGAACCUCCGCCGAUACCUCCGGUGGCACCGCUGGCGACCCCCGAGCCGGCCCCGGACAGCGAGACCCCGCGGACCACAGCUGACCCCGCCUCGGUUAGGAAACGACGGUCAAAGGCUCGCAGCAAGGGAGCCGCGCCGCAAGCGCCGACCCCGCCUUCGCCGAGCGAGGCGCCCCCGCCCCUCGGCUCCACCCCCUCGGCCUCCGCCCCCACCCCCUCGUCCUCCGCCACGGCGAGACGUCGAGAACUGCUCUAGCGCGCCGCGGCGCCCGGCCUUUUCCCGCCGCGCGCCGAAUGACCCACCUGACUCUACAGUCGUGCCUAGGAAAUUAUCUAUUUUAUACACACAUACUCGGCUACUGAACGGAGAUACACCGGACGGGGUGGCUCGACGGAACGCAGCCCUGUCCGGUCCUUCUUAUGAUAUUGUAUUCUGUCGACGUAACGUCGGCGAGAAUGGUUAGUUAAGUAAGUAGAAGUAAAUUAUAUAGAGUUUGCUCGCGCGUCUGGUCAUUGCUUCAGGGCCGAAGGCACCUUUUGCUGUUGGUUCCGUAGAUGCCCUGAAUCGGUGAUGAGACGGGCGGGCGGGUCUCUGCAAACUAUGCCUUGCUCUUUAUGCAUUCGAAUUGUUAACAAGUGUAGCUUGAUGCUCGCGCUCCUGACGCGCCUCGUAGUGUGGAGGCGACGGACCGGUGUAUAUUGUUCGUAGUUAUUUGCGAUAGUUUCGUUAUGUGUAAGAGAUCGCAUUGCGGAGACUGUUAAGUGUUUAUUGAAGCUCAGUACUGACCGCGGCGGCGGUGUGGCGUCCGGAUGGUGGUAGAUAUAAUGUAAGCACGCACUAGGAUGUAUCUAAUCAACGUAUAUCGCGACGUGAUAGCGGACUCGGCCCCAGGCGUGUCCGUGUCACUAUAUUAGUGCAGUGCCGAACAAUAGCAAUAAUAAUACUUCAUAUCCAGACGCUAUUAAGUUUAUAUAUUAAUUAAUCUUCUUGAGUUGUGAUGGACUGUGUAAAGAUAAUUUUAUUGAUAGUUUAACGGGUUUGCAGCGUUGCCUAUAGAUAACUUGGUUGUUCACGGCGCUUUUACACGGAAUUGAACUAAUUACUUUAGUAGGUACCUACUGCUCGCGAUGUGGCGUAGGUAUGUGUAGGAUGUAAUUUCGGCGAUUACAGCUAAUCUCAUUAAGGAACAUGCUUUUGUAAAUAUCUUCGUCUAGUCGCAUUUUGUGACAUAACAGAAAAUAAUACGGCUUGAAUCCUGUAAGCAGAAUAAGGGAAAAUUCAUAUAGCAGCGUGUUUCAAUAAAAUUAAACAUAAAAAGUGUAAACAUGUACUUACAGCAUCUGUGUCCAUAAAUAAUACGAUAUUAUAAUAGCCCGUGUCUUACUCAACAUGGGUGAUAUAGAUAAUCGUGGCAUCGCUGAUCGCUAUUAAAUAAAUAGGCAAUAAAACACUAGUGUUUAUAAACAAUACGGUUUCAUACUCACUGAUAUACGGUAGCUCACUACACCCUUCUGUUAGCCUUCAGACUAUCUAUCUACACACAAACGACCAAGUAUUUUUGUAAACUGUAUAAAAUACUCUACUGCAAGUAAACUUUUAAGUAUAAUUUUGUACGCUUUAAAAGACGUUAGGUUACUGAUAUUGUCUGUAUAGUGGGUCUCGAUUUUGUAUCUCUCAUAUUUUAUUGUUUGUUAUUUAUUGAAAGUCUAAUUUGGAAGCAAUUGAAGCAUAGUGCUAUUGUACAUAUCUAUCUCAGGCGCGGCAUCUCGACAGUUCUAUGCUGAAUAAAUAAUAGCGAAGAGGUAAGGAUGAUAACUGGGAUCGCCAUUUUAAGAAACAAUAAUGAACUUCUUAUUUAUUUAAUAUGUGCCUGUGUAAGCCUUAUUUAUAAAUCUCCACACCUAAUCCCUCUUAUUAUGUAACGUA